AUGCCAAAAGAAAAGAAAAAAAAGAAAGAAAAGAAAGAUGAAAAAGAAAGAUUUCCUACUCCUGAACAUAUUCUAGAAACAUAUCCAGAACCAGAAAAAUCUGAUGAUGAAUCUGCAAAAGAAAGGUCUAAUAGAUUAAAAAGAAAAAGACAAGCAAAAUAUAUGCAUUAUCAAAAAUUAAACCAAA